AUGAUUGUCAAUAUCUUUAAUUCUUCGAAAUAUGUCUCAAUAUCUGGUGUAGGCUCCAUACACGUGCAUUACACGUUUCAAGGCGAAUCCCACCAGUUGUUCACAAAUGUUGCUGGCCCAUUCGUUUCUCUUUGCUCCUGA